CCUGGCCUCGCCAGCUGCAGACAACGCCCGCCACCUCACGGAGUUUGAGCAGCGAUUUUUGGGUGUCACAUGACCUCAGAGCUACGUUGACGCUGUGCAGUCUUCCAGAUGAGCUUCUACAGGUUAUGGCUGCAGCAAAGCCCACACGUGUUCGCUUUCAUUGGCUAUGUUGGAUCUGGUCUGGUACUGCUGGAGACAAGUGUGAAGCUGGGAGUUGACACGGACAGUGUCUGGUCCCCAGUUGGGAUCCUGGGCCACCCAACAUGGUUUCCAAUAAACAAUCCCACAAGAUACCUUAUCGCUGUGAUGACCCAGAUACACUGCGUGUUUUACAUUAUUGCGUGUUUUUACCUGCAAGAGGCGCGAUUCCAGGAAAACGUGAGGUUGGUGCCCUUCUGGUAUCUGAUGCAAACCUACAUUAUAAUGUAUCAGUUAGGCCUGGUAAUCACUUUCGGACGCGAGUACAGCACUUCCAGGUUCAAUUUAGCUAUUUGUGGAAUUGUGUAUAAUUCGGUAAUCCUGGCGUCUGGAAUUAGCACCCUUUCUCGAUGGUUAUCAAAUAAACUAUUUGAUGACGACAAUCGACACGACGGUUGUGUACCCGACAGCGGUCAGUAACUUCCGGCUGACUGCAGACAUAGCGUGUGUUUGAUCCAACGUAGGCCCAGUCCAGUAGCAGUCUGUUGUCACAGUUUCCAGCACCCAAGCAAGCAACACGGUCGGUCAUAGCAGCGCAGCUGGACAGCCACCGACCAUCGAGAGGGAGGUCAGUCAUGUGGCCAAGCUAAGUUAAUGUGCCAACAGGACCAUUACCACAACUUCGACGUUGGUUCGUCAAAGCGAACGUGACCACGAACGCAACAGUGAACUGCCAACAGCCCACUGAGCGUCGGUGACCAUACUCUGCAGGUCCACAAGGGGGGCCUUGUGCUACGCAACACUGGCCGCAUCAGCAGCCAACAGAACUGCGAUCAGCCUGACAACCGGCUGACGGAGAGUGACCAUUAUCAAGAUAGCCAGCUGAUGGGACACAACAGGUGUGGUCAUCACCACGUUGCUCGACUUAACACUGAACAGCAUGACUCUGAAAGUAACUAUCCGUACUGCAACCUCCAUCGCGGUCAGUCUGUUACUGCAUGUCAUCAAAAUCAGAGUAGUUGACCUAGACAGUUAGAUACGGCUGUGAGCCCCGCGGUGGUAGCCAGAUUGCCGACAGAGCGAGCGCAGCCGUGACCACGAUCGCAACUGUACCUGGGAAUGCGAGCGCGGCCAGUCCGGCAGCCAACUGGGACAGUGCAAGCUCGAUAGCGACUGCACGUACGGCAGUGGUCAGCCUGACAGCCAGUUGGGUGUUAGUAACUGUUAGUAACUGUUAGUGUGAACGUGACAGUGGUCAGCCAGUGUUUUGAUCAAAUGCUGAAUGUAUCUGUGUCUGAAAGUGAAAGAGACUGCCGCUUUGAACACAUCUGUGCCCAGGCCUCUGCAGACUCCAUAGACUGACUGAUAAGGAUCACUGGCACACUCAAGUGGACUUUGAACUUGACCAUAGUUGGGGUGACCUCACAGCAAACAGUGUGUGUGUCUGCGUUUGUGACGGUGACUGCUAUUAUUUACAACACCUCUGUGGACAGUGCAAAGACUACUGCGACCUCAUCCCGACAGCAAAAAACGUGUGCAUGACUGCGACCUUAUGUGCCGCUGCGUCAGCUGUGAUUAUGUUGACAGUGUACAGUAACAGUGACUACAACUAAGAUUAUGGCGACAGAGGCUGCGUGACUGACGGCGACCAUAACUGUAGACUUGCUAACAGGUGUGAUCACCACCACCAUGUUGGUCGACUUAACAGUUUACAGCAUGACUUUCACAAUGACUAUCCAUACUGCAACCUCCAUCGUGCUCAGUCUGUUAGUGCACAUCAUAAAAAUUAGAGUUGUUGACCUAGACAGUGACGACUCUCUUGGCGUGGUACAGACAUCCAUAAUUUCUAGGAUUACAAUGAUACAGGUUGCACAACUGAUGCACACAAAGCUGUUGAUGCAUAUAGAUGAUACAGUGGCGAGCAUCACAGCAAUAAAAACGGAACAUUAUGGGGCAGCGUUGAGGCUACAGACGACCAGCCCCUGGAAAUCGAAGAGGAAACUCAUACUGGCCUCAGUCACUGCUGGCGCUUUCUACUCAACUGGUGGUGUGGCACAUUUAGUGCUUGGACAUCGGUGGUCCCUGCAUAAUGCAGUUGCUGCCAUGGUAGUGGUACGAAAACUAGCUGGAAUUGCUGUUGACGCUGACGAAUGUGACACUGUGCUAAUGAUUAGAUAAUAACAGCUCGCUGAUACUGCUACGUAUAAUCAGUCUCUCA